AUGGCUCUCCAGACACAAAAAGACUACGACGCCCUAUACAAGAGGCUCACCACAGUUCCUCCCCCCGGAAAACCCUACGGUAUUCCCGUCCCCGGCACAGAACGACCUAACCGCACCGCCGCCUACAGACACUGGGCAGUCGGCGAUGGUCCUCUCGUCACAGCGCUAGAGCCUGGUAUCAAUUCGACACACGACGUCCUUGAGAGGAGUGCGCGCAAGUGGCCCAACUCGAGAUGUCUCGGAACCCGCCAUUGGAACCAGGCGACUCAGCAGUGGGAGGACAAGUACGACUGGAUCAACUACGGUGAUUUCGACGUCCGAAGGAAGAAUUUCGGUGCCGGUCUCGUUGAGAUUCACAAGGCCAUCAACUAUUCUCCUGAAAAGUACGGCGUCGGUUUGUGGUCGCAGAACAGGGCUGAGUGGCAGAUCGCCGACUUCGGUAUUGCUUCUCAAUCACUUUACUCGGUAUCUCUCUACGAAACUCUUGGUCCCGACACAACAGAAUACAUCAUCAACCAUGCCGAGGUCGCCUGUGUCGUCUGCUCCCUCCCCCACAUCCCUGUUCUUCUUAAGAUGUCUCCCAGGCUACCCGGUCUGAAGCUCAUCGUUUCUCUCGAUCCGCUCGAGCAGGGUGAAUUGGCUUCUCACACCAAGGCCUCCGUUCUCAAUGAGAUUGCUUCUCAACAUGGCAUCCAGAUCUACUCCAUGACUCAGGUUGAGGAGAUUGGUGCUAAGUCUGGACGCGCCCCUCGUGCUCCCAGCCGCAAUGACAUCUGCACCAUCAACUACACCUCCGGUACAACUGGCAACCCCAAGGGAGUUCUCAUCACCCACGGAAACGCUGUUUCUGCCAUCGCAGGUGGUCGAACAAAUGGCAAUGUGAGCAGCAAGGACGUCCACUUGUCCUAUCUACCUCUAGCCCACAUCUACGGACGACUCAUCGAUCAGAUCGCCGUCGCUGAGGGCGCUGCCAUUGGUUUCUUCCGAGGUGACAUUCUGGGCUUGGUUGAUGAUAUGAAGAUCCUCAAGCCCACUGGUUUCAUCUCAGUUCCUCGUCUCUUCAACCGCUUCAACUCUGCCAUUCGCACUGCUACUAUUGAAGCCGAUGGUGUCCGAGGCGCUCUCUCACGACGUGUCAUUGACACCAAGAAGGCCAACAUGCGACUCCCUCCCGGAAAGGCCUCCAACACCCAUUUCUUGUACGACCGAAUCUGGACCCCCAAGGUCAAGGCCGCCGUGGGCAUGGACAGAGUCCACAGCAUGGUCAGCGGUAGCGCCCAGCUUGAUCCUGAUGUCCAAGAGUUUCUGCGCGCCGCUUUCGCAAACCACUUCGCUCAGGGCUUUGGCAUGACCGAGACGUAUGCCGUCGGAUCUAUCCAGGCACGCGGUGACUUUACUACCGGCAACAUCGGCGGCCCCAUGUGCUGUGUGGAACUCUGCCUCGAGUCGGUUCCCGAGUUUGAUUACACCGUGGAUGACAAGCCUAACCCUCGUGGUGAGCUUCUCCUCCGCGGUCCCGUCAUCUUCCGCGAGUACUACAAGAACGCCGAAGAGACCGAGAAGACCCUCGACGCCGAUGGUUGGUUCCACAGUGGUGACAUCUGCGAGGUUGACAAGAUGGGCCGCUUCAAGAUCAUCGAUCGCAAGAAGAAUGUUCUCAAGCUUGCUCAGGGUGAGUACAUCUCUCCUGAGCGUAUUGAGAACGUCUACAUGGGCAGCACCAACCUAAUCAACGCCGCCUAUGUUCACGGUGACGGUACUCAGUCCUCAUUGGUCGCCAUCUUUGGUAUCGACGUUGAGAACUUUGCUCCUUUCGCCAGCAAGAUUCUGCAGGAGACCAUCGCACCCAACCAGGUCGCCGAUCUCCGCGUCGCUGCUAACGACCCCAAGGUGAAAGCCAAGUUCCUCAAGGUCCUCGACGGCAUUGGCAAGAAGCACAAGUUCAACAGCUUCGAGAAGGUUCGCAAUGCCCACCUUGAAAUUGAUCCUUUUACAAUCGAUAACGGUCUAUUUACCCCUACGCUUAAGCUUAAGCGCCCCCAGGCCGCCAAGGCCUACAGGGAGCAUAUUGACCGUAUGUAUGAGGAGCUUGCUGCUCAGGAGCCUGUUGGAAAGAACAAGCUGCCACUCGUCAAGCAUGGCGGCAUGCCGCAUGCUCCUAUACCCAUACUAAAUAGCCUCCCAGUCCCCUGCGAUGAACCACCUCCAAAAAGGAGACGCGUUAGUACGGGUCUACAGAGAAAGCGAGGUGUCAAGGAGUGUCUCUUAAGCCAGGUUACGCCGCUUGUAGAGAGGGCAGUUGGACAUCUUUCGAGGGAUGUUUACCAUGUUAACGCCCUGGCUAUCAAGACGGUGACAGAACUCAGUAUCAACAAGUUCUUUAGAAGAAGAUGGGACGAGACGGGUGGCUACUUGAGUCAACAGGACCUAGACGUGCUUGCGAUCCAGGCGCAUGAUGUUGUUAGGGGUCUGGCGGGGGGUUCUGUGGGUGUGACGAAGUCGCGGCUGGGGCUUGUUGCUAACAUUUGCAAGGAGUUUCGUAUAUCACCUCUAUCCUCAGAAACACCAGAGCCUCAGCGUUUACCACCGCCGAGGCCAGCGCCAAAACCUUCGCCGCAAGGCCAAACACCUCCGACGAUUGUGAACACGGCAGCAACGAAUAAGUCCGAAGACUCUCCCAUAUUCUACGACGCGCUCACGUCGCAACCAGAGCUUCCCCAAAAUGUCGAAAGGAAGCCUUAUCAACCUCGAGGGCGACGGGAACCGAAGCCCAGUAAUCGGUAUUACCAGGUUUCCGAACGACCCUAUCUUUCGGCAGCGCAUCGCCAAGCUAUUGAGGAGGGAACAAAGAAGCCUGUGGCUGUGAGCAAUGAACUUAUCGCACAGCCCAUUGUCUAUCAUGUGGACUUCAGCCCUGAGGAGAUCGCCGAGAUUAUAGGCCAAAUACCACAAAAUGAGCACAAGCACAUACCGGCAACCCGCGAAUCUAUGAUGGAGCAGAUCCGACUACGAGAUCGCCCUCUGAUACCAAUCCCUGGACGAACCACACGAGACAUGAGCGCUUUUGCUUCGGACUUAUGGGCAGGAAAGGUCGCAGAGACACCACGAGUCCUUUCAUUCACUGCUGAGCAUGUUACGGAGGAGACAAAAAAACGACAAGGACAAAUGAGAAGGACUAGCAGACUUUCGUCUCUACUGAUGGCUCGAGAAAUGGAAGGCAACCAGGGCUUCCAACGAACCCGGGAAUAUUUGAACUUCCAAGCCGAAUUUAAAAGAUUGCGCGAGGACGAUCUCCAGGUCGUAGCUGAGUUCACCAAUUGCGCUGGUGAUAUCACCACAGGUGUAUGGGUCUCUCGACAGGGCUUUCUAUGUGGCACUACUACACACUCCGAUACGCAUAACCAACAGUACAACAGGCCUGGAAACUUGCUUCUUUGUUCAACUGGAAAAGGGACAUUGCGGUCCUUCCCCGAUCACCGAAUACCUCGCCCACGGGUCGAAAAAGGGGAGAAUUCUACAGAGGCCAUGCGCCAGAGCCAGGACCCUUGGCUGUACUCAUCGGUUGUGUCAUGCGACUACAGCGUUGAAGAUGACUUGGCUUAUACGUCGAGUUUUGAUAAGACGGUCAAAGUAUGGAAGGUUGACCCGAAAGGAGAACACAUGGAGGCCAUUGCAACAUGGCAACACACAGGUAAUGUCAACUUUGUGGCUGCUGCAAAGGAUGGAUCUGGUCGUGUGGCUACGGCUGCAGAUUCACCAACCGAUGCCGUUCGUAUCUACACCAUUACAAAAGGAAAUGAGUCGAACAGUGCUUACCAGACGUUCUCGUGCUCACGGACUGAUGCUGAUGGCUCAGACAAGUGGGCAUACUUCCCAGCAACCAUGCAGUGGGGACGAGCUAAGGGCUGUCAGCAUUUGCUUCUCGUUGGGUAUUCUCCUCGCAGCUUGACGGGUGACGAUCUGGAUAUUCCCGAGGACAAGAGGAGUUCAGGAGAGAUUAUCCUCUGGGAUGCAGAACAGGGUGUCAGAAUCCCUGUGAUGACAGCUUCAACGGCUAACGUCUUCGAAGUCGCCUGGCAUCCAACGUUACUCCUUUUUCUUGUAGGGGUAACACCCACAGGGAUGAACAACGUUCCCCGCAAUGUUAGGACACAAGUCCACGUCUUUCAUCGUGAUAAGGAUCGCUUGAACGGCAUUGGCUUUUGUCAGCAUCAGGCUCUCGACUGCUAUGCGUCUGACAUCAACGAGCUCACGAUUGUGCCCAACUCGCCCGGACACGGCUACGUGACCGCGGCUUGUACAGACGGAAAGGUGUACGUAUGGGACACAGCACAGGGCGACAAGCCCAUCCAUACGCUGCGACAUGGGAAACCUAUCGAAGAGUAUUACGGCGACCGCGAGAAAGAGGACACGGGCGUGAAGUUCACGGCUUGGAACACGAGUCUUGAUCGAUUCUACACUGGGUCGAGCGACGGUGUCGUGAAGGUCUGGAAUGUCCGUAAGCUGAAGAACCCCUUUGUCCGUGAUAUUCUCACAGCCCCUGGACCGAUCGCUUGGGGCGGGUUUUCUCCGGACAAUGCCAAGCUUGCCAUUGGCGAUGCCACGGGCCGUUGCUUCAUCUUAUCAACCGAUGAGCGGGAUAUCCCAGAGUCGCAUAUGAUGACACUUCCGGGCACCACUCGGCGCCGGCGCCGGCCUAUACCCCUAAUUCCACACCCGGAACCAGCUCCACCCACCCCGGCGAGAGAGGACGAUGAGAUGCUCACUGAUGAUGAGCUUUCAGACGCUGGUAUCGCUGAUUACUCAAGACGAACGUAUUUAGACAGCCAAUGUCUAAAGCUUACAUCAAAUCCCGUUAUAGGGGUUGUACAAGGCCCCCACUACCAAUCCACCAACCUCUACCGCCGAGAAGCUCACUAUGAUGAAGACCCCUCAGCACCUCUCCUGGCUCAUUUCGAGCGACGACAAAAGGAUAGCGAGGCCGCUAGUCUCGGCACAAGACGCCGUUCGGUGCGUCGGCUUAGAGCCCCUUCACCACCAGAUGAGCGUCUUCAUAGCAUCCAUGCUCAAAAUGCGAGCAAGGACUUGGACGUGAAUUAUUUAAAAGAUAGUGAAGUGAAAGAACUUGUCAAAUCCGCUACGUUGCUAAGUAUUGAGGAGGAUUGGGGUUUUACAUACGAAGAUACCAUGAGCUUUGAUGAGGAAGCUUAA